AUGAGCGAUACAGAUAAGAAAAUUGAUGACAGCAAUUUAAAUAAUAUCGAUGCUGUCGACAGCGACGACAAGGAUGACAACAAAUCCACCCCUUCCAACUCGGGCGGCGCAUAUGACCCAGAAACAGGUGAAAUAAACUGGGACUGUCCCUGUUUAGGCGGAAUGGCUCAUGGCCCUUGUGGCGAAGACUUCAAGAGUGCUUUCUCCUGCUUCGUCUACUCUGAAGCUGAUCCAAAGGGAAUCGAUUGUGUUGAGGCGUUCAAAGGCAUGCAAGACUGCUUCAGAAGCCAUCCAGAACACUACAGCGAUGAGAUUGCAGAUGAUGACGAUGACGCAAAUCCAGAUUCAAUCGACACUCAAAACACCACAGACAACUCAGACGCUCCUCAAAACCCUCAAGAUUCCUCAAGAAUAUAG